UAGACCGUCUCCUCCUCGCCUGUCUUUGGCUUUGUCAAAUUUCCGAGAAGAGUGCAUCCCGAGCCCAUAAAUUAGUCAACAUGUCAUCAAUCCGUGCGGGACUAUCGUCAUUGUCCCUCUCCUCUAUGCCCGUGUCCGGCGCCCGGCGGGCUGCCAGCCUGUACUCUGGUACCAGUGGUAGAAGUAUGAAGAUGUCCUACGGCACUGGGCUCGGUUCUGGCAUGGACAUGAGCUACUCUUUUAGCGGAAUCAUGGAUGGCAACAACUUCGAUGUCGGCGGCAGCGAGAAGGCGACCAUGCAGAAUCUCAACGACCGCCUGGCCACUUAUCUGGACAAGGUGCGAUCUCUCGAGAGCGCCAACGCUCAAUUGGAGCGUCAAAUCCGCGAGUGGUACGACAGGCAGACUCCAACUUUGAGAGAUUACUCCAAGUACGAGGCAAUCAUCGUUGACCUGCGCAGAAAGAUAAGUGAUGCUGCUCAGAUGAAUGCCAGGUUGAUGCUGCAGAUCGACAAUGCGCGACUGGCAGGAGAAGACUUCAGGAUCAAGUUUGAGAACGAGCUGGCUGUGCGCAUGUCAGUGGAGGCAGAUAUUGCCGGACUACGCAAAGUCGUGGAUGACCUGACAAUGUCUCGCACUGACCUGGAGAUGCAAGUGGAGGGCCUGAAGGAAGAACUCGUCUACCUGAAGAAGAACCAUGCCGAGGAAAUGGCGGCCUUGCGAAACCAAGUGAAUUCCUCCGCUGUGAAUGUCGCAGUGGAUGCCAGACCCCAGGAGGACAUGUCCAAAACCAUCGAUGAGAUCAGAAGACAGUAUGAGGCUAUCACUGAGAAGAACCGCCGUGAUAUGGACAGCUGGUACAAGGCCAAGUUUGACGAGUUGAACAACCAAGUUGCAAGCAGCACGGAGAUCCUUCAGACCUCCCGCACUGAAAUUAGCGAGCUCCAGAGAACAUUGCAAGCCCUGCAGAUUGAACUCCAAUCUCAGUUUAGCCUGAAAGCUGCUGUGGAGAGUCAGUUGGCAGAAACAGAGUCUCGCUACUCGAUGCAGCUGAACCAGCUCCAGGCGAUGGUCAACAACCUGGAGAACGAGCUCGGCAAGAUGAGAUCGGAAAUCGAAAGACAGGGAUCAGAAUACCAGAUCUUGCUUGACAUCAAGUGCAGGCUGGAGAUGGAGAUCGCCGAAUACAGAAGAUUGCUGGAUGGAGAAAAUGUCAAGACCAUUCAAAUCGUCAAGGAAGUCAAAGCUCAACCUGUUAUUACCCAGAGAAGGAAAGUUGUGAUUGAGGAGUUAGUCAAUGGAAAGGUGGUGUCCCGCACAGAAGAUGUGGACGUUGAUGUCAUCAAGAAGUAGAGAGACCGGAUCUCAACCAACAGAUCUAUGUCAAGAUUUAAAAACUCAAUGUCAUACUUAUUAUUAUUGGAUUUCUUCGUGACACAAAUUUGGCGCGCCAUAUAAACAUGUCAAAAAAUUUACCCAAAAGUAACAGGAACAAAGUCAUUAGUGCAAUUUCCAGCAGGUUUGAAAUUGAACAAACUUGUCAAAUGCCCUUUCCGUCAAAUGCCAAUAAAUGGUUUGUGUGACAGUAAAA